GCGAGCUACCCCUCAAAAAAACUCACCGCACACCACUCCUCUUUCUGCCCGGGCAGCGAACCCUAGCGCUCUCACCCUCUCAGCCCCGCACACCACUCCUCCUUCUGGAUCAACCGCCGCCGCCCCCAACCCCACUCCCUCCCUCUGGAUCUCGACGCGACGCCACUCCCUCCCUCCAUAUCGAGAGAGAGCUCGCCGCCGUCCUCCUAUUCUCGCCCCUACACUUCCCUCCCCCUUAACCCCGAGGCGGCAACGCAGACGGCCAUCGACCUCGCCCACCUAACCCUAGCGAGAGCAGAGUGGCCAUGGAUCCGUCGAAGCUGGGCGAGCUGCGCUCCUUCGUGGAGGAGUGCAAGAAGGACCCGGCGCUCCUCGCCGACCCCGCCCUUGCCUUCUGCCGCGACUACCUCACCUCGCUCGACGCCAACCUCCCCGCCGCCGCCGCCGCCAAGCCCGCACCCAAGGCGAGGUCCAUGGACGACAUCGACGACAAUGAUGGCGAGGAUGAGGAGGACGACGACCAGGAUGCUCUGGAUCCGCGCCACCUGUGCUCCUCGACCUCGAAGUCAGGCUCACGUUUCCCCAGGCUGGUGCUCGCAAUUGCUUGGAGUCCGGGGGGUAACGCUUCUCUCUGCCGGGUGUUAUUACUCUGGUGGCCACCAUUCCCCUCCCCUGGUUUAGCAGCAAUAGCAGGGAAGAUCAAAGAUGCCAUCUCAGCCCUGGCAGUGGCAACACUGGACGAUGAUAACGAUGAAGUCACGGAGCGAAGCCCUCCUGAAUUGCCUCGAGACGGCUGCUCGGCGCUACAGGAUACCGUGAAAUUCAGUUCAUUGUGGCUUGGUUUUGUCAGGACGCAGACGACCAUCGACAUCCUGGGGCGGCAUGCAUAUGACAACAUGGGGCGGUUCACGGCCCGGCAGCUGGAGGCGGUGGAGAAGCUGUGGAACUCGAUCAAGGAGCAGCAGAUCCGGCGCAAGCACGACAAGUCGACGAGCGGGAAGCUGGACGUGAACGCCUUUGAGCGGCUCCAGGAGAAGUCUAUGCAAAAACGGUGAGAAUGACAAGGUGAAGAUGAAGUGCUGCUAUGGUCAUGGGCGACCGUGGAAGGCAUAUCACCGUUCUGACAGGAGCAGGUGCCUAGUUUACGAUCGGUAUCGAAAGAGCUCCAUGCUGAAGAACAUAGCUCGUAACCGUAUCUUGUUAUUACUCGUGUGGAGCUUGUAACCGUGAUUGCCAUACUUUUAGAGCUUGUAGCUAGUUAUUAAACUUGUACACAGCUUCUGGUAGAGCAUGUAUAUGUUGGAGCUUAUUACGUGUAGAGCUUGUAGAUCUUGUAAAGUACUGUAUAUGUUAGAGCUUAUUACCUGUAAUUUGUACAACAGGAGAUCUGUACUGAAUCUAGAGUAUUACGUGUCUUUUUUGUUUGUGCCAA